AUGUCUGAAUCAUAUUGCUUACUACAAGAAUUUAAAAGAUUAAUAGAUAAUUAUUUUAAUAAUGAAAAAACAAAUCCUUUUAGAUAUUUUUUAUUUCAAUAUGAAAAAAAUUACAAUACACAACAAGAUAAAGAUAUUCAUAUUCAAAGAUAUUUUAUUUUACAUAAUCAAAUACGAAUAGGAUCUUACCUUAAUAUAGGAGAUAAGAAAAAUGAAAAAGUUUUAAAGAAAACAGAACAUUCUGGAAUUAAGAAAUUAUUAAAGAUUCAAAAAAUUCACUUUGAUGAACUAAAUUCAAAUGAUCCAGAAAACAAAAUAAUGAGAUAUAGAUGUGAUUUUCAAGAAUUAAAUGAUUUUUCUAAAUAUAAUUGGUAUGAUAUUGACUGUUGUUCAAAGAGAACAUUAGCUAGGUAUGACAACAAAUCAGGUUUUCUUGAGUAUGGAACAUAUAAAACUAGUUCAAAAAAUUCAGAAAGAAAAAACCAACAUCGAUCUUUAAAAAACAAAAGAUAUUUGAUGAUAGAUGAGGAAAUAUCAGCAAUUGGAAUAAUGAAUGAUUUAAUCAAUAGAAAAAUAUCAGCAGUAAAAAGUUUAGAAAGAAAAAAGAUGAAACGAUGUUGGAAACCCUGUAACAUGUUUUUGUAUUCAGAUAAUAGUCGUGUUAGAAAAGGAUAUCUAUUAUCUGUAUUAUUUCCAAAUGCAUAUGAAAGAAGAAAUAAUGGUCAAGAAAAAUAUUUAGAAACUUUGAAUCUUUUAGAUUGUAAGGAAUAUUCUGUUCAGAUCAAAGGUUCUGAUAUUAAUUUUUGCCCUUUUGUGAUUGCAUAUACUGCUAAUACAAGUAUUCGAUUUAUAUAUAACUUUUGUGAAGAUAAACAUUUAAAAUCUAAAUCUGAACAAAAUUAUAAUAACACUAAAUUAUUUAGUACAUUCGGUGAUAUUGAAGAUUUUUUUAAAUUUAAAUUUGAAAUUGAAUUUAAUUAUGAUGUUACAUUAGAAAAAGCAAAAGAGAUUAUUAAAGGAAGAAAUAGAACUAUAGAAGAAUUAGAUAAUAUUCUUUAUUAUCGUGAUGAAUAUUUAGUUGAUAAGAGCAAAUAUAUCCUAGGACCUAUUGAAUUGUAUUAUCCUGAUUUAUAUAUUUCUGAUAGUAGA